AUGUAUAAUCUACCCAAGGCCCCUUGGUGGGGUGGGUUUUUUGAGAGAUUGGUCAAAAGUACAAAAUCGUGUCUGAAGAAGGUUGUAGGAUCUGCAAAGUUAAAUCGUAAUGAGUUGAACACUGUUCUUGUCGAGAUAGAAGCUGUCCUAAAUUCGCGUCCUUUGACUCAUUUGUAUCCUGAAGAUAUCUCUGAGCCUUUAACACCAUCACAUCUACUUAUGGGUAGACGUCUCAUUUCCUUGCCUUAUUCGGUAGCGAGAGAUUCUGAAGAUCAACAAGAAUGGGGAACGAAAGAGAACCUAACUAAAAGAAUAAAAUAUCUCUUGUUAACUCUCGAGCACUUUAAAGUACGUUGGAAAAAAGAAUAUUUAUCAGAACUUCGCGAGCAGCAUCGCAAUCUCAAACGCGAUGAACAUCGAUCUUCCAUACAUCAAGGUGAUAUAGUCACCGUGCACAACGAAAAUAAGACUAAUCGCCUAUUCUGGAAUCUCGGAAGAAUCAAAUCGUUGAUUUUUGGAAGAGACAAUGAAAUUCGUGGUGCAAAUAUACAACUGUCAAACGGAAACGUUAUAGCUCGACCGUUACAGAAAUUAUUUCCACUCGAAGUGACAUGCUCUGAACCUUUAGUUCCGUUACAAAGUCACGACAUGAACAAUUCUCUAAGGACACGACCCCUUCGAACAGCAGCAGUUGUUGGUGCGGAGAAGAGACGUUUAAUUGACCAGUAUUUAACUGGCCAAGGUGGGAGUGUGAGCAAACCAUGA